AGACACGCGCUCCUGCGCAACCCGCUCACAGACCGCAGCCUGCCGUUACCUCCACACCGCCGCUCGCGCACCUUUACCUCCCGCGGUACUGACAAAAAUAAAAGUCACAAAGUUCUGGCUUGAUGGAUUAAUACUAUACGGAAAUAAAUCCUUCCUCUUAUUUUUUUUACGAAACGCGAUGCCAGGUUUUAAUUUACCUCUAACUCUGAGAAACUGACAGUUCUGACAGCGCGUGCCCAGAUUCAAACGCGUCUGCUCGCCAACCGUCGCCUCACUGAGGAAAACCGAUAUUUGGCUUCGCCAGCUCGAUUACGCUGCUCGGCAAACAGUGGCAAGAAGUCCGAAACCACAUGUGCUCGUCUCCUAACGCGGUUUUAUUUGUCUUCUGCAGGGAAAAGAGUUGGCUUUAAGCCGUACUGACAGACACAAGGGAAGGACGCUUCCAUGAAAACGCUGGAGAAAAAGACCACUGGAAAUACACGCGGUGCGUAAAAAUCACAUUUAUUUUUGGACAUUGCUGUGCAAACACUUGAAAUAAACGGGAGGAAGAUGUAGUCUUCGUGGAUGGUGUUUAUUGUAACGUUAGGCACUUUUGACGCUAACGUUAAUUGUCACCGGUGAAUGGCUCUUUAAACGCGGCGUAGAGGGGCGGUAUUGUGGAGUACAUGGCGAUGCCAAGUUGAAGGGUCUCGACAUUGUCAGCAUUAAUAAACGCUGAAGAGCCCAACACGGUGUGUUUAACACUUAUGGCCUCGUGGAUAUUUUUCAAACACCCUCUGCUAUCAGAAAGAGGAGAGAAAUACUGCAUGAAGAUGACAAAUUGACUGGAAUGUUUACUUGAACCGCGGGCGCACGCGCUUUCAGUCACCUGCUCACAAAGGUAAACGCACCUUUCCUUUUAAACGCCGUUCAAAAUGAUGACUAAUGGACCCAACAUCGUCUACGAAUGGCUAAAAACCCUUCAACUUUGCCAAUAUGUCGAGGCGUUUGUGGAUAACGGAUACGACGACUUGGAAGUUUGCAAACAAAUCGGAGACCCUGACCUGGAUGCCAUCGGGGUUUUCAUUCCGCACCACCGCCAGCGGAUUCAUGAUGCGGUGCAAAGGUUAAAAGAUGACGAUAGAGAGACGGCUACCGGGCUUUAUUUCACCCUAGAGCCGAUGCCCCCGGUCUCACCUGUAUACACGAGUCGCAUGGCAGAGCAAUAUGAGUCAAGGCUGCGGGGCUCCAGGUCAUGGACAGAGCAGAGCAGUGAUAGAGCCGCACGCGGCGUGGGGUACAUGGGGGCGUCCAGGAAUCUGACCCUGGGGAACCGCAAGGAGCUGGAAAUCUACCCCAAACUGAAGCUGAAGAUCAUGAUCAGGGAUAAGCUCAUUAGGGACGGGAUAAACCUUGCCAGGCAGCCAUACUCUAAUAAGGAUGGCUCUCUGGGUAAUAUAGAUGACCUGGCACAAGAGUACUCGGAGUACUACAACACAUACUUCAGUGACGUCAGCGAUCGGAUGGAGGAACUGCGCAAACGGCAAGUCUCUCAAGAGCUAGACAUGGAAAAAUCAGACACUAGUCUAAACUCUUCACAGCUCCGCUCAGACAUCCAGGAUUCAUUUGGAUUCAGCAGUGAGGUGUCCACACCAGAGGCUGAGAGAAAAAUUUCUCUGCACAAAUCCAGCUCUGAGGAUGGAUCAGGAAAAUGGGACAACAAGAAGAAAAACAAAUCCUUCUGGCAGAACUUCCGAAAGUCACAGAAGGGGGUCACAAGGCAAGCGUCAAAAGGAGAAGACAUUGGCUAUGUGGCCAGUGAGAUCACAAUGAGUGAUGAAGAGCGAAUCCAGCUUAUGAUGAUGGUGAAAGAGAAGAUGAUCACUGUAGAGGAAGCUCUGUCACGGUUAAAGGAAUAUGAGAGGAACAGGCAGUUGAGCAGCAGUACAGACACAGCAGAGUGGACUGAUGGAUCCAGUCCCACUGUUAACCUCUCCUCCACCUGCAAUUCUGUGGAGCAGUCAGAUGAUGAGCAGGAGGACUCUGUGAAAUUCAAAAGGCUUCACAAGCUGGUGAACUCCACUCGACGUGUCCGCAAGAAACUCAUCAAAGUGGAUGAUAGCAAGAGACAUGGCUCACAAGAUUCACUCAGUCUGGAUGCAGCUCCCAUAUGCGACGAUAUAAAUGCACUAUAUGCAGAAAUCCACAAGAAGCCGGCAAAGUGUACAGACUCCUCUUUGUCCUCACUUGCCCAAGAGCAGCUUUCUCUGGACGGGGACACGGACAGCCUGAACACCUCGCCCUCCACCAGCAGCCUUGAUGCCUGGAAACCUGCUCACAAAUUAGUCAAGGCUCCCAGCACACAUCCCCAUGGCCUGAUCCGGCCAGCACGCAAGAGCAGUGCUGGGUCUGGGCUGGGUGUAGCGGGGGGCAGUGGCUCCUCGUUUUCUGAAUUGGACGGUUUGGGAGACGACAAUGCUAAAGUCUCCCGCUCGGUUACAGACGGAGAGAUGCGGAAGGCCUUGUCAUCUCUAUCUCAUGGGGUAAGUACUGAUAGCGUUUACGCUUUUUAUGGCCUCACUAGGCCCCGCCCAAAGCCACACCCCCUCCUGGUGUCUUUAGAUGACAUCAACAACACCAAGCGGCCACCUGUUUCCAUGUGGCAGCGAAAUAAGCCUGACCCGAACUAUGCAUACUCUACCAAACACCUGCUUUACCAACGUUCCUGCAACGCUCCGAAAACCGCACCCUCCUCCACCCUACCUGCGUCUCCUCCCACUCGCGAGCUUCCGCUAGCCAAGGAGAAGGGGAAGAGUUGUGGGAGCGGGGUAGUGGGCAGCUGGCUGUUUCCACCAAGGCGUCUCAAAGGAAGGACGGCAGUUAGUGAGCUCAACAUCACAUAUGUGGUGGAACGCAGCCUGUACGGACAUUUGAACUGGACUGGGCUGGUCAGGCCAAUCACAUUGAGCAAAGCGGACAGACGUUGGCUCCUGGAGGAUGAAAGAGAUGCCAACAGGAAAUGGGCAUCUAGCAUGGACCGCUGCACCAAGCGUGUGCUCUUGCGCAUCCAACAAAAGUCUAGAACAUGUAGCUUUGGAGGAUUUGACCUAUCUAAUCGUUCCCUCCAUGUGGUCAACACAGCAGAGCCUAGCGAGCAGGAGGCUCUGUACAGGGAUGGCGUGAAAUCUCCCACCACAUCCCGUAUCUCUCUAGGAAAGAAAGUCAAGUCUGUCAAAGAGACUAUGAGGAAACGCAUGUCCAAGAAAUAUGUCGGGUCUCUCUCUGAACAGUCCAGUCCAGAUGGGACUCCCAGUUGUCCUCAGUCUCCUCAACCAGACACAGAUUCUCUAGAGAAGCCCAAGCUCAAGGCAGGAGGGUCUGUGGAGAGUCUGCGCAGCUCUCUCAGUGGCCAAAGCUCCAUGAGUGGGCAGACGGUGAGCACCACAGACUCAUCAGCCAGUAACAGAGAGAGUGUGAGGAGUGAGGAUGGUGAUGAUGAAGAGCCUCCAUACAGAGGCCCGUUCUGUGGCAGAGCAAGAGUUCACACUGACUUCACACCCAGUCCAUAUGAUACAGAUUCUCUCAAGCUCAAGAGAGGAGAUGUGAUUGACAUCAUCAGUAAGCCGCCCAUGGGCACAUGGAUGGGUCUGCUCAAUAACAAAGUGGGCACGUUUAAGUUCAUCUAUGUGGAUGUUCUGGCAGAAGAAGAGGAGAAGCCCAAACGAGCUGUUCGCAGGAGGAAGAAGGGCCGACCACCCAAACCCAGCUCAGUCGAGGAGCUUCUGGAGAGAAUCAACCUGAAGGAGCACAUGCCAACGUUUCUGUUUAACGGGUAUGAAGAUCUGGACACGUUUAAGUUACUAGAGGAAGAAGAUCUGGAUGAGCUCAACAUCAAAGACCCACAACACCGAGCCGUACUGAUGACAGCUGUUGAACUGCUUCAGGAUUAUGACAGCAGCAGUGAUCCAGAGCGCAGCGGUCUCUCUGGCUCUCAGGAGAAGCUCCUCUGUGAGGGCCAUGGCCUCAUGGCUGACUCUCCACGGGACUCUGGUUGCUACGAAAGCAAUGAAAACCUAGAGAAUGGUAAGAGCCGAAAGGCAUCGCGCCACAGCCGUGGUUCAUCAGGGUUUGACUGUGGGGAUGUAAAGUCUCCAGAUUAUCCCACUCUUCCCAUGACUCGCUCCACUGAAGCUCUUCAACAGCAGGCCAAGAAGGAGCGCAAGUUCUCGAAGACCUUUCUGCCCCGACCCAUGAAGGGCUUCAAUCUGCGAAACCUCGGCCUCAAGAAAGGCUCCGCAGCAGCUCAAACCUCCCGGAUUUCGCUCAGCAGAAGCUGUGAGGAGUUGGACAGCCCCCAGGAGACCCCUGACUCUUGGAAGCGCUCUCAUUCUCUGGGGGAUAUCCACUGGGAACAGGCCUUCGAUCAGAGGAAGGACCAGCAGGGCAGUGAGGAUAGAGGCAGGCUGGAGAGCAGCACAAAAGAAAUGAAAGCAGAUCUUGUAGACUCCAAACAGGAUGAGAAGACCAAUAUGGCUAAAAGGCAGACUGGCUCCUUGCAGAGGCCUGCAGUUCCCACACAGCUUCCUGUGAGUCCGGUCAGUUCAUUGCCUGCUUCUCAGAGCUUAUUCCGUCAACCUGUCUCUGCUCCGACAAGCCCAGCUCCAAGGACUCACCCUAAAAAGCCACCCAUCCCACCUCCAGUGCCUGCUAAAAAGUCCAAAGAACGUUUGCCGAAUGGUCUGCGACACCCUCCGCUGGUGCUGUCCGGUUCAGUGCCAAACACUCCAACCCUACCCCCAAAGCCUAUAUAUUCUCCGACCACCCCCUCUCCCUCUGAGGGUACCCCAUCAACCCCAGCAUCACCAGGUGAAUCUGCAGCACCUCUGAGCCCACCGUGGCUGUCUGACCUGCCUGAAUCAGCAUGUCCUCAAAUCCAUGGAGCUAAAAUCGCUCUCAGCAGGAAGAUCUCCCAUGCCAAGAUGCUUGACCUAGAGACUCUGCUGGAGGACAGGAUGCACUCGGAAGGGAUCGACCUCAAAGAGGAGCCUUACUCUGAUAAACAUGGCCGGUGUGGUAUUCCUCAGCUCUUAGUUCAGAGGUACUCAGAGGACUUCCAGCAGCCAGCGAAGGACGUGGCGUCCAGUCUUGAUCAAAUCAGAGUUAAACAACUCCGCAAGGAGCACCGCAUGGCUAUUCCCUCAGGAGGUUUGACUGACAUGUGUCGGAAGCCAGUGUCUCUGGUUCAUGUGAGCUCUGUCUCUGAUUGGCUCGUGUCCAUCGGAAUGCCUAUGUAUUCUGCACCUCUACUGGCUGCUGGCUUUGACACGUUGAGUCGUGUGUCGUCUUUAAAUGAGGCGCAAGCGAGGGACGCGGGCCUGAAGGAGGAACAUCACAUACGGAUUCUUCUCAGUGAAGCUCAACUCGUCUCAGCCGCCAGCUCAGGACAGUCAUAAUAUGGAUACGAGCGCUUAUAAACUUGAAGAAACAGAUCAAAGUGCCAGACCUCGAUGACUGCCAAAUUUUUUCCACACCUCUCUGUUUUUUGGCAUUUUUGGAAAUCUGGCUUCCAAGGACUGUUACUGUGGGCCUAUCAAUAGAUAGUUUUGGCCUGAAAGGACCGUCUGUCGAAAGAAAGCACAUCUUUUUCUCUGGAGAUUUUAUGCUUUUGUAUGAAUUUAAAGACCGUACCCCUCUCUUGCUUUUUCAGAAAGUGAGAGUUUUGUUUAGAAAAAAAAAAGUUUUAGUGCUUUAUGAAGCACAUCAAGAGCAAGUCAUCUGGCCAAAGCAAUGUCGUUUCAUGCAGGUUUUGUUGAUAUAAACUUUUUUUUCUCUCAAAGCUUAAGAGUAUGUAUAUGAAAAGAUCGAGUCAAAUUCCCCAAAAAACACGGUUGCCAUAUUGGGGAUAUUCAGAGCAAUGCACAUUAUUUUGAUUUUAGGCCAAUAGUUGGUCAAGGGAUUUGUGUUUGUGUUUGAACAAGCAUUCGUCAUGGUUACUCCUUAUAUUCCGCCUAAUAUGAUCCUGUAUAUUCACAGCACAUUUAGCCUUCCCAGUCUUCUAAUCACACAAUAUUCAACAUAUCAGCGUUUGUUACUGUAUCAAUUUUUGUUGCCUGUUAUCUUGAAAGUUAUACUCAUGCAUAUUGUGUACCUCUUAUCAUAUUCAUCUCUGAUGCAGAUAAUGCAUCACACAGCUGUAAUAUUCUUGCUGGAGUGUACAUUUUUGUUGUUUUGUUUUGUUUUAUUCGCCCCAGAUUGCCUUGCACUUUGACUGGGGUGUUGAUGACAUUCUAAAUCUUGAAAAAAAGAAGAAAAAAAAGGCCUCGAGCUCUUGAAAGCACACAGUCUUAGCCUUAAAAUACAAGUCAAUCAAAUCUGAUAAUGACUAACUUAGACGAGUGUGUGGCUUCAGUCGUGAUUCAAAACUGUUUCAAAUUUGGAUGCAGUGUUUAUUUGUUAGAUUUUUAAAAAAUGAAAGUCACAUUACCACAUAAUUGUUUUUGUAUGUGAGAAGUAAUGAUGAUUUAAGUCCACGAGUAAUUCUUCCACUAGGUCAAACUUUUUUUUUUUGUUAUUUAAUACAUUGAUGUGUGUGUUUCAGGGAGACUAUUGUGUUAUGCGGUAACUGAGGAUGGAUAUAACACAAGUUUUCACACAUCUGGUGUUCGGUAGAGGAGAUUCUCUCAUCAAACACAGUCAGCAUCUAGCAGACUCAUUUCUAAAUGAAUACUACAACGUUCGCUGAAGUCUGUUAGUGAUGUCAUUUAGGCAUUAGUAUGAUGUGGUCACAGAUUUAGGACAUCACUUUAAAUUAAGCACAAUGAAGCAAGAUUGUUUUUGAUUGAGUCAAAAAAAACAUAUACACUACCUGACAAAAGCCUUGUCAUCCAUCUCAGUUGAAAGAGCAACAAAUAAUACAGAGAUUUCCGAUCAUCACAAAUACUGCAGAAGACCCGCAUCGACUCAAGAUUCUCACAGAAAUCAGUCAAGUUUGGUGAAUGAAAAAUCAUGGUUUGAGGGUUACAUUCAUCAUGGGGGCAUGUGAGAGAUCUGCAGAGUGGACGGCAACAUUAACAGCCUGAUAUGUCAAGACAUUUGUGCUGGCCAUUAUAUUACAAUGCACAGGAGAGGGCGAAUUCUUCAGCAGGAUAGCGCUCCUUCUCAUACUUAAGCCUCCACAUCAAGGUUUUCUAAAAGCAAAGAAGGUCAAGAUGCUCCAGGAUUGGCCAGCCCUGUCACCAGAUAUGAACAUUUUUGAGCAUGUCUGGGGUAAGUUGGAGUAGGCAUUGAAGAUCAAAGAAUCUGAAUGAUCUCUGUGAGUCCUGCAAGAACACUUUCUUUACCGUUCCACAUGACUUUAUUAAUAGUUUGAGUCAUUGCAGAGAUGUAUGGAUGCAAUCGUCCAAGCUCAUAUAUAGGAGUCAUACACUAUAUUAUUUCCUGUUCCAUUGCAUCAUGACUUUAUAUUCUAUACUGUACAUUAUUUCUGUUAAGUGACAAGACUUUUAUCUAAGCAGAGUCAGACUGUCCUAAUUAAAUAAUUAAAAAUCAAAACAUGAUCAUAUCUUUAUUUUGGUAAAAUAAGAGUAAUUUAGAGGCAUUUGCCUUUCAUAUAAGCCACUACUGAUACCAAAUGGUCAACUGGAAGACAAAUUAUUUUAUGUUGUCCUAAUACUUGGAUUGGCGACAAGACUUUUGUCAGGUAGUGUAGAUGCUCCUAAAAAUCUUCUAGUUUUCCAAUGACAGAAAGACACUCGUCAUGCUUCCCCAAGGCCUUGCGAUUUUUAUCAAGUGCUGUCUUUUUGAAUGCUCGCUUUAGAAUUGUAUUUCUCCCCAUGCCAUUUAGUCUUUUGUAUCCAACGCAGCACAAUUUAUAGACUGUAACUCUGGAGAUUUUGAAUAGCAGUAGAGAAUCGAUGGAUUCUUUUAUAUCAGAACGGAUGCCUUCAAAACUGCUUGAGUGCUUUGAUAACAAUGAGGCUUUUAUGUAUUUAAAAUUGAAAAUAUAUUUCAUGAUGUUACUGUAAAAAUGCACUUUAUUAAAGAAUGAACGUUUUUUAACUCCAUUGUGGAGAAAAUGAGAUUACAAAUUGACACAUUUACAGUUUUCUUUUGUUUUCAGGUGAAAUGUGGAUGGUUGAAGCGGGCUGUUUAAAUAUCGAAUCUCUGUUUAAAACUAUAAUCACGUCUUAAUUAAUUACAGAACUAGUCAUGUCCAGUUAAUUAUUUCCAUUUAAAUGACAUCAAACCGGGUCUUAAUUACAUAUAUGAAAUGAUUAACUGAGGUUGCACAUUCUUUAUAUGUAAUUGAUAUUUAAAUAACUUAUUUUUUAUUUUGCUUUUGCAUCAAAUGUAAUUAUUAGCUGUACUAUACAUCAUUGAGCAAUACUCUCACCUGUAGUUAGCUGUAGUGACAUGCUCCAGUGACCAUUGUAAAAUAUAUGUAUAAAAAUGAUUUUAUCUGGUUCCAGUUCGCUAAUGAUUGUCUAUAAAGUUUUGCUCGUGUAUUUACAAACAAAAAAUGUCUUAAAAUAUUUGUCCAUUUGAGGUGAAAUAAAGAAAAAUAUCCUACA